CUGCCUCCGCUCCCGGCAGCCUUCCACGACCUGUACGCCUCCACGGUGCGGACGAGCACGCGUGACGAUCCGAGCUUGCACCAGGGCCGCUUGCGGCAGAAUCCCCACGUGGUCGGCAACUGGCCGAGCCACCUGUACGCCGAGUGGCACCCUGCGGCGCCGACGCAUGCGGCGCUGGCCGCGGCGCUGGCCGCCCUGCAGGAGCGCGUAACCGCCGCCAUCCUCCCAAGAACAGGAGGGGACGAAAGAGCGGCCCCCACCGCCAUCAGCAACUUCCUCACGAGCGACCUGGGCGCGCCGCAGCCGCUGCACAUCAGCCUGUCGCGGCCGCUGGCGCUGGCGACGGCCGACAAGGACGGCUUCCUGGAGCGCGUGCACGCUGCCGUCGCCGGCAGCGGCGUGGCACCCUUCCCGCUGCGGUGCCGCGGCGUCGAGUGGCACCGCACCAGCGAGUCCGGCCGCUCGUUCCUGGUGCUGCGCGUGCAGACAUCACCGAAUAACAACCCGAACCCAGAGCUCACAACCCUGCUGCGGCGCUGCAACGGCGUGGCGCGCCACUUUGGCCAGCCCGAGCUGUACCAGUGGGCCGGCGGCGGCAGUGGAGAGGUACAGAGCGACCACGGAGCCGAAGAAGAGAAGUCGGCGCCGGCGGCGCUUGGCAGGGCAUUCCAUGUGUCGAUCGCGUGGACGUUUGCGCCGCCGACGGCCGAGCUGGAGCAGCUGACGGCGGCCGUGUUCGAGGAACUGCAGCAAUCAGCAGCAAUACAGCCUCUCGUGAUCCGCGUUGACGGGAUCAAGGCCAAGAUAGGCAAUGUCGUCACGCAUGUCCCGCUG